GGUUAACCCGUGGCAAGGGAGAAGCAGCAGAUAAUAAUAAAAACACUCGUGCCGCACCUUCGUCUUCCCCAAUGCUUCUUUCCACACGCAUCUCGGAAGCCCUUCUCUUCAUCACAUAGAUACUUUCGCUAUCGCACCAAGUAACCCUUAUUAUUCCAAUCCACCCUCGCCACUCCUUCGAUCCGAAUCAUCUUUUCCGCCCACACACAAGUUGGGUUUUUUUGAUAUAAUUGAUAAUGGGUGAUAGCAGUGUUCCAUCUGGGUCUCCAAAUGCAAAAUCAGAUCUUGUUGACAGAGACUUGGCGGUUUCCAACAACGCGUCGUCGUUGGAAACCAUUGUGCAAAGUUUCCAAGAUUCAAUGUCUCUUGGUAAGAGACACAAGUUCUGGGAAACUCAGCCUGUGGGGCAAUACAAGGAUGUUGGGGACUCAAGUUUGCCUGAGGGCCCGAUUGAGCCCCCGACACCUUUGUCCGAGGUUAAGCAGGAGCCUUACAACCUUCCCAGUGCUUAUGAGUGGACAACAUGUGACAUGGACUCUGAGGAAAUCUGUGAUGAGGUUUAUGCCCUUCUCAAGAAUAACUAUGUUGAGGAUGAUGAGAACAUGUUCAGGUUCAACUAUUCCAAGGAGUUUCUCAGUUGGGCGUUGCGUGUUCCGGGCUAUUACCAGAGUUGGCACAUUGGCGUGAGAGCCAAGACGUCAAAGAAGUUGGUUGCUUUCAUCAGUGGCAUCCCCGCCAGGAUCAGGGUUAAUGAGGAGGUUGUGAAGAUGGCCGAGAUCAAUUUCUUGUGUGUUCAUAAGAAGCUCAGGUCAAAGAGACUUGCACCUGUUAUGAUCAAGGAGGUCACCAGGAGGGUUCAUUUGGAGAAUAUUUGGCAGGCGGCCUAUACGGCUGGAGUUGUUCUUCCAACGCCAAUCACGACUUGUCAAUAUUGGCACCGAUCGUUGAAUCCGAAGAAGCUAAUUGAUGUUGGGUUUUCAAGGCUUGGUGCUAGGAUGACGAUGAGCCGCACUAUAAAGCUUUACAAAUUGCCUGAUUCAACGGUUACUCCUGGAUUCAGGAAAAUGGAGCUUCGGGAUGUCCCUGCUGUUACUCGGCUGCUUAGGAACUACUUGAGCCAGUUUGUUGUUGCACCUGAUUUUGAUGAAAAUGAUGUUGAACAUUGGCUUCUUCCCAAUGAGAAUGUGGUGGAUAGUUUCUUGGUUGAGAGUCCAGAGAAUCAUGAGAUCACAGACUUCUGCAGCUUCUAUACUCUUCCUUCUUCCAUCCUUGGAAAUCAAAAUUACUCAAUUUUGAAAGCUGCUUAUUCUUAUUAUAAUGUCUCCACCAAAACUCCGCUGACCCAGUUGAUGAAUGAUGUGCUGAUUGUAGCAAAGCAAAAGGAUUUUGAUGUUUUCAAUGCCUUGGAUGUAAUGCACAAUGAGAGUUUCCUCAAAGAACUCAAGUUUGGACCAGGAGAUGGACAGCUUCACUACUACUUGUACAAUUAUAGGAUUCGUAGUGCCUUGAAACCAUCUGGACUUGGACUUGUGCUCUUGUAGUUUGAUACUAUUCAGUUUUGGUUUCACUAUGUAAUUGGUAAAACCAUUCAUUUGUUUUGUUUUAUUAGCUUGUUGUUUCAACAUUAUUUCUUGUUCCUUUCAAAUAUUGGCAAUUAACAUAUUAGGUUUUCAGGGUAUGUGAGAGCCCAUCUUAUGGCAGACUUUCUGCUAAUAUGCUUAUACUGCAAAAUUCUGAAGUUGUUAACUUGUUAUGGUCUGCUGCUUCAAUUUCCUA